CCCCUUGAGACAUUCAUGAGAAAACUACGCAGAGGGGAAGGACCUGCGGGGAUCUCGAGAACAGAGGAGCUUUUGGUGGGAGAGGAUGCAAGUGACUUUGUCCCAUGUUCAGCAAUAAGUACUUCAUCCACUGUUGACUUGAGCUUUAUAGCAGCAACUUGACCUGAUCGUGCAGGAAUGAGCUGCCAAGGCCUCUUACCGUUGGAUUCUGCAGGUCGGAGGUGAAGAUGCUGAGCUCACUGACUGCCAGGCUGUAACUAUGGUAGUUGAGGUGAGGCCUCCUCCCAUUUUCUCAUCACCAUGCUGGAAAACCCCGCCAUCUCUGCUCCUUACAUCGUGGUGGAGCUGCUGAUUGCCAUCUUCUCCGUGCUGGGCAACGUGCUGGUCUGCUGGGCUGUGUUCCUCAACAGCAACCUGCAAAACAACACCAACUUCUUUGUGGUGUCCUUGGCCGUGGCCGACAUCGCCGUGGGCAUCCUGGCCAUUCCCUUCGCCAUCGUCAUCAGCAUCGGCUUCUGCUCCAACUUCUAUGGUUGCCUGUUCAUCGCUUGCUUCGUGCUCAUUCUCACCCAGAGCUCCAUCUUCAGCCUGCUGGCCAUCGCUAUGGAUCGCUACAUUGCAAUCAAGCUACCUCUCAGGUACAACAGUCUGGUGACAGGUCAGCGGGCACAGGGCAUCAUUGCCGUCUGCUGGGUUCUCUCCAUCAUCAUCGGCCUCACCCCCAUGAUGGGCUGGCACAAGAUCUCCGAGAAGAACACCAGUGACUGCUCACCGGGUCUAAUGACGUGCCUCUUUGAAGAGGUGGUGGUUAUGGAUUACAUGGUGUACUUCAACUUUUUUGCCUGUGUCAUGAUCCCCCUGCUGCUGAUGCUGGCCAUCUACCUGUGUAUCUUCAUGGCAGCUCGUCACCAGCUCAAGAUCACUGAGGCCAAGGCAGUUCACGGGGAAAAGUCUCGCUCCACUCUGCAAAAAGAAGUCCAAGCUGCCAAGUCUCUGGCCAUCAUAGUGGGACUGUUUGCUGUUUGCUGGCUGCCAUUACACAUCAUCAACUGCUUCACUCUGUUCUGUCCCACAUGUCAGCGUCCUCCGCUCUUGAUUUUGUACGUGGCCAUUAUCCUAUCGCAUGGCAACUCAGUGGUCAACCCCUUCAUCUACGCUUAUCGCAUCCGAGAGUUUCGGCAAACCUUCCGGAAAAUUAUCCACCGGCACAUCUUGGGCCGGCGGGAGCUGCCGGAAAGAAGCGGUAGUAAGCGCAACUCGCUUCACAGCAACUUCACCGACUCCAUCAGGCUCAAGGCGAACGGCCUCAGUUUUGACCUUUGCACCCAGCAGGGCUGCAGCAACUCUGAAAACUCCACUCAUGUCUCGCCCGUAGGGGGAGGUCUGUUGGCGGCGUCCCAAACACCUCUCUCGCUUGUUGUCCCAAAUGGUCCCAAAAUGCAUCCCAUCAGCCUGACUGAGGAACCCAUCUUCGAUCAGCGACAGUUUUUAGUGACAGCACAGGAUGUGGAGGAAUAUAAACCGCAGAAGCAGAGUGCUGCCCUGGUGGAACCACAGUUUAACAGACAGAACAGGGAAUGCAGCCUGAGUGAGCUGAUCAAAGCUUCUUGACACACGCAGCAUUCAGUCAUCAACACAAUUGGGUUUUCAAAUAAUGAGCCAGCCUGAGGAUCGAUGCUGACGAUCUCUCUGAAGCAGCGAUUUCCAAAUAAUGCGCCCCAAAACAACAUCAGCAUCAUUGGCACUGGGAAAUGAUCCAAUUUGGUCGAAAGAUUUUUGAUUUACUAUAAGCCAAUGUUCAACCAUCCAUACUACUGACAUACGGUGGCAGGCAGAACAAUGAAAAAGAUGCUCUUCCACUUUUUGGCAGAAGGUACAUGCACGCCUUAGCCACUGUAUCACUUUUUUGUUGCAUUUUUUAUUUGGUGGUGUACUGUGAGAUUCUUCUUCCAAUGUAAAAUACAGGACUGUACAUGUGUUAGCUCAGUAAAGGUGAGGAAGAACUUCUCUAAACUGAAGGUCAAAUUAAAACCCUGGGGGCCAGCUCCAGGCUGGCGAUCACUUUUUGCAGCCCACUGAUGCAAACAAGUGUGUCCACUUCAUGUACUUUAAUUUCUUUAUAUCUACAGAUAUUACAAGCAUUUUUUUCAACAAGUUCUCUUUUUAUGACUUCCGAGUAGUGAUGUGUAAAGCUCUGGUACUACCGGCACACAGUGGAAACCAUCAAUGGGGGCAUGGGGGAUCAGAUCAAAGUCAGGGAGGUGUGGGGGACAGGGUUGUGAUCAGUGCUCAUCCUGACCUCUUUGGAUGGGAUGGGCAAGGACUGACGCUCCAGUGGAACCCUUAUGAGGACAAGUGCCAUUAAAAAAAAACAGAUUAAAAAGUUGAAUUAAUGUUAGUAACUUACAAAUUCGAAGCUCCAUGUCAUUGAUAUACUGCACUUUUACAGUAAAAGCAAUCUUUCUUUCCCUGGUGUAUAUUCAAAGAGGUGAUCUGAAGUACUGUAGGGGUGGGGGGAGGGGGUUGGUUCCCACCACUUUGAUAUUAGAAAUUGAAAAUGUGAAUUUCUUGGGCCCUUAUAAUCAUCAUGACACUUUUCACCCUUACAAAAGUGCCAAUGUGACCAAAGUGCUGAAAUUGUGAUCGCUUGCUGGACAGGACAAUAUCUUUGUCCUGUGUGCAAUCCUGAUAUGGACUGGACCUCUUUCCAUUGCCACAUCUUGACUGGACUUUGUGUGUCAAGUCAACAGUACACGAUUUGGUUUUCAGGCUCUCAGAAGUGUAUUCCCCCUGCAUAAGAUUUUCAAACCUCAAUCAAUUCUGUCCUCACAUUUUUUUCCACGUCAUGUUUAUUUGCAAGAUCUGCAGUGGCUUUGACAAUUCCAUUGUAAUUUAAAAGAAAUUGAUGUGCCUGUGGAGAGGCUAUGCUCAACACUGCAAUAUCAAAUUAUUCCAUCUUAUUUUGGGGAAUAAUUUGCCACACUUCCGAUUUGCUUUUUUCCAGUUCAGACUUUCUGAGUUGGUCUUACGGGCAUCACAAAUGAUUUGAACCUGCUGUCGUCACAUUGCUUGUAUAUGAUUUCAUCUCGUCCAAGGGCAAUUGACCCUCUUAGAGAUAUAUAUUAUGCUCUUAAGAAUUAAAAAUUGGCCUUAGAUGGAGUCUCUCAAGUACUAUACUAUGUUGACAUCAUUUUUACACAGUACUUCCGUUAAAUAAAAGGUCACAAUUUUCUUUUCACCGAGUUGUUUUUCUGGCUCUAGGAAUCGUUCCAGGCUUUCCAUUGGCUCCGCAAGAGUUGGGGUCAUUUCUCAUGUUAGAUGUGGAAUUAUAGCAGAAAGAUCUGGUUUACUCAUCCUGGGAAAAGCGUAUUUAAUCAGUCAGUCUAUCUUUGGCGUGCUUUAUUUUCCCAGUGUUACUUUCAGUUCCCCUGAGUGUUCAGGUUAGAGGAGUCAAGGCCUACUUCUGUUUGAAAUUUCCCCCAGGGGGCAAAAGGGCUUUUUCAACAUUUGCCACAGAUACUCCCGGGGUCUGCGUCCACAGUUUCUAUUCUGAGGGGUAAAAUGCACGUUGUGUUGCAACGGUCAAAAAUAAGGACCUCAUUUCUGUUUGUUGUUUUCACCAUUUAGAACCUUCUGUAUUUUUGACAAGCUCAGAAUGGUGGCACAAAAGAAUAAAAAAUAUAGAAAUCAUGAUCUAUAUAUGUACGCCUAAUAAAUUAAAAAAAGAUUAUCGUACAACAAUGUUUUCCCUCAGGUUCACUUCUCGAAAUCAUAAAGAUAUUGUCGACAAGGACUGCAGCCUCGCCCAUGCUUUCAUUGUGACUCCCUGCUGAGUUCAACUAUUCAUCGUCAAAGGGAAAUCCGCCAAGCAAGCGACACACCCCGCUCAUUUUGCGACACUGACACCUGCUGGCGGCUUGCACAAACUACGCUUGACCUGGGACUGGAUAUGCAUCCAGUACACAGAAUUGAAGAUGGGAACAAUCACGUUUGAUCAACUCUAAAGUGGCACUUGAUCAAAUUACACUUUGAAGGUUCAAAUAGUUUAUUUUAAACCAGCUUUUGAAAUUGUCUCACAGUAAUCUAUGAUUGGAAAAGUUUCAUUGAUCAAUCAAUGACUGCUUAUAGUCUUUUGGGUUUUCCCCAGUAAAUUGCGGGUCUUACACUCACACCCAGAAAAAUAAGUCCUUCAGUUUGAACAUUUAUGUCAGAUGCAUGUGAUUACAAUGGGCCAUAUUACAGAGGUAUGUGUGGUAAGUGUUGGCUUCGCAGUUCUGAGGUCCCGGGGUUGAUGCCGGCCCUACCUGUGUGGAGUUUGCAUGUCCUCCCCGUGCCUGUGUGGGUUCUUUCUGGGCACUCCGGUUUCCUCUCACAUCAAAAAAACAUGCAUUAACUGGAGUGCUGAAAAUUUUUCAAGCGGGUUGGGGUUAACAAAACCAACACAAAGGCAGACAGAACAUGCAAACUCCACACAGGCCGGGCACAGACUUUGAAACCCGUUCCUGUGAGGAUGACACUAUUACCAGCUGUCCCUUAACAUUAAAGAAUGCAUUUAUUUAAAUUCAUUCUCAUUUUAACAGAACAGUACUGAGGAUGAAUUCAUACAACAAAAAAAUGUAUUUCAAUUUUCACCUUAUUCAAUUUCAAUUUUCACCAUAUUCGCUAACCCCUGCCAAAGUCUGAUCACAGUACAGAAAAUGGGUGAGGUCAUAUCAAGGAGACCUGGCUGAACUUUUCAAAAGAUUAUCUAAAAUUCUUCCAAGAUGGAAAAAGAACUUAGCAAAAGCAGAUAAAUGAUUUUUUUCUGAUCUUUAAUUAAACAGGGAUUGUCUUUGAGCUGGCCAACAACUGUUUUCUCUUUUCCUCAAAAUAUUAUUGAUUUUGGUCCCACCCUUGAUUUAAUCAAACCGAAACUAUCCUUGAUUCCUCCAACUACAAACGUACUGCCCCAGCGCAGGGUAUCAUUCAAAAGUAUUUGUGGUCAAAAUUGGCUGUCUAUUGUUGCACUUAAAGCCACUCAAACCUUUUCGACAUUGCAAAUAAAGAGGAUUCUGAUUUCAAAAGAAGAAAAUUGCACACUUUUAUAUAUAUAUAUAUAUAUAU